CGGACGUGACGCCAGCUGAGCUGGAGAAGCGCUCCUCAUGACAUUCAUCAUUUCCGACAGAGCUGCGCGUAAAGCAGUCCCACUCCAUCCCAACUCCAACCAUUUUGAAUUUACCGACGUUUUUUAAUUUACAUUUUUUUCAUUUUUAUUUGUUGGUUGAUGGGGUUUUUUUUCUUCAUAAAAGGCUACAUGUAUCCACCGAGCGGGCAGUGAGGUGUUACACAUCUGGAUCACAACAACUGCGUCGGCCACUCCAGCCAUGAGGGUUUGUCGGGUCUGCACUUGAACGAUGCGCGCACCUCGGGACUGCCACUCUUGAUCUUUGCAUAAACCCAGAUGCCUCCUCUCCCUCUUGACGAGCGCAUAGUGGUCAUUCAGCGCCCUAAAAACUUAGCCCUGUGUGAAGCUUCCCCACAAACCAUCUCGCAGCACUCCUCUCAAAUAACAGCCACUUCCAAUGGACACGUUUCCCACCCACCUCACUUCCAGCCUUCUCAGUCCCAUUUUUACUGUAAAUCCGAGAGUUUGGAAUGCAAUCGCAGGUCGUCCCGAGUGCAGAAAUUCAAGGAGCAGCCUGUCAUCCCAGCAGGUGUCAGACACAUCCCAAGCCACUGCCAUAGCAAUGGCACAGUAACUCUUGGCCCACGGCUACCCUCUCACACACAUACUAUCGAUAUCAAAGUGACAGUGGACAAAGGAGGACGGGGAAUAGUCAGCAACUCAUUAGGGCGUAGUGGAAGUGUGAAAGGUGGCAAAGGGAAAUGUGUCCCCGCCCAGGAUCAAGGACAUUUUGAGAGAAAAACUGGGCACAGUACAGGGAGGCCAAGUGGGGCUGAGCACAAGUCGCAGCGAGUUCGUCAGCUGUCGUCUUCCCCUGGUGGGAUCCUACAAUUUGUUCCCGCUCAAGCACAGCUGCAUAAUUUCAGAUGUGAAAAGGAGAAAGAAAACACAAGUUUUCAUAACAGAAGUGACCAGGAAUUUUCCUCUUUAAGUCACAAAAAGAAUUCCAAACUGGGAACUGUCCACCAAAGCCAUAAUAGCCACGCUCUGCCCUACCACCACAACUCCCUUCCCGUGCCCCAUGCUGCCAUCCUAAACUCCCAGUAUCCUCCAUCCCUCCCUUCCCAAUCCUCCCAUGUCCCCGGCUCUUUUCAUCAGCUCGGCCAGCAUCACCCGCCCCGCACAAGGGAUCAUCGCCCUCAUAUUCUUCAUGGUCUUCCUCUCUCCCCUUGCUCCUCCCAUGCUGGAGGGUUCCCCAGCCCUGACCAUACUUGCACCAUUGACUGUACGCAGCCAUUCAACUGUGGCUGCUGGAGGUUGGUAAGAUGCAGGGGAUGUAAGGGAGACUCUUCUAGCUUCCAAGGAGGAGGCGGAAGCACUUCCACCUCAUUUUCCUGCGGUCACAAUGUUGGAGCAGUGAGGAGAGGAAGUAAAGAAAUGGGCCUUAGAAAUCUGGGAGGGUGUCUUUCCACCGCCUCCACCUCCAACACCUCCUCAUCCAACAGUACUGCAUCUGACUGUCGAGCAAGCCUGUUCAAACCACUGCGCUGUGCCUCCUGCUCUGGCGAGGCCAGAAACUUUGAGAGUCCUGCAAUUCUUCGCAAAAAACUAGUAGGAGGAUGUCUGCCUUGCACUCCUCUGUCCUCUUCGGCUCCACUACGGGCAAUACAGAGCUGCGUCACAGGCUGCAACCCCAAAGCCUCUCAAACGGGCAGCUCCACCUGCAGCUACUGCAGCAGCGACCCCAUAGUGGUGACAUUCAACCCCCGCAGAGGCAAGCCCCCAGGAAGAGGCGUUGGAGCAGCUCAUCCAAUGGCUAUGUUCCAAGCUGAUGAAGAUGACUACAACUCAUGUACUAUCUGGUCAGAGGAACUUGCCAAAAAGAUGAGCCAUGCUAAUGCCCAAAAGAACAACUGUCCAGGGAUGGGGACAGGAGUUGGGAAAACUUGCACUGUCCAGGGCCAGAAUGGCAAUAACGGAGCAGGCCUUGCCCUUUUGGACUGCCAAAACCUCCAGGAGUACACACAGACACAUCUUAGAGACCCCCCUGGCCGACGACAACAAGGCAAAAUGACUGCCUUUGAUUUUGUAGGCUGCCGGUUGGGAAUGGGGUAUGACGAUGGUCGCAACUCACUGAAAAGGCUCUUGAAUAAAGCAGAAGAUGUAGGGAUGAGCGAUGGUCCCGAUCAAGACGAAGAUGCAACAUAUCACCAGUCCCCCUCUCCCCGCUCCAUGUCCCCACCAUCACCUGUAUCCUUUUCCCCUCCACCAUCUGCCCCAAGCACACUCAUCAAACCCAAACCCUGGCAGAGAGACAGGGAGGGAGGACAUUCACUGCCUUCAGCUCAGUCACUUCACCUAGCCCUGAACUCCCUGAACAGAGAGCAAGAUGAGGAGAACAACCGAAUGCGCCUCUCCCUGCCACUCUCCUCUUCGUUGCCAGCUUCUCUGUCCGAUGAGACUGUGAUGACCCCUGAUGCGGAGAACGCCGUCAUCAGCCCAAUCCUGCCCUUCCUGUUUCUGGGGAACGAGAGAGAUGCCCAGGACGUGGACCUGCUGCUGCGCCUCAACAUCGGCUAUGUGGUCAACGUGACCACACACCUUCCCCUCUACCACGUCAACUCUGGACUGCGCUACAAAAGGCUACCGGCCACUGACAACAGCAGGCAAAACCUCAGACAGUACUUUGAGGAGGUUUUUGAGUUCAUCGAGGAGGCAUAUCAGAGUGGACAGGGAGUGUUGGUGCACUGCCAGGCUGGAGUGUCCCGUUCUGCAACCAUUGUCAUCGCCUACCUUAUGAAGCACACCCUCAUGACUAUGACAGAUGCCUACAAAUACGUGCGGAGCCGUCGCCCCGUGGUGUCGCCUAACCUAAACUUCAUGGGCCAGCUUUUGGAGUUUGAGCGGGACCUCAACUCUGGGGUGACUCCUCGGAUCUUGAUGCCUAAACUUAACGGUGUGGAGACGCAGGUGAUGAAAGGAGACACCCCAGUGAACAGCACCAUGAGUGUCGGCCAAGCCAGGAAGCUUGUGGAGCAGCUGAAGAUCGAGGCCAGUUUCUGCAGGAUAAAGGUAUCAAAGGCAGCGGCCGACCUGAUGGCCUACUGCAACGCACACGCCUGCGAUGACCCCCUCAUCACCCCCGUGCCCACCUCAGAGAACCCUUUCAGGGAGAAGAAGUUCUUCUGCGCUCUGCUUUGAGACAAAUCAGGGAUUGCUGUAAUCAAAAGUACAUCUGUACAGUAUGUACAGUGUGUACGUGUACUUCCAAUCUAAAUAAGACAUUGAUGUACUAUAGUAACCUUGCAUAAAAGCUGCCGAUGUACAGUACAUAAUCAACUAUGAGAAAUGUCUUGAGCUAAAUUCUUAAACUGAUCAUGUGUAAGCGUGGAGAGGAGAACAAGGGGAACAAUGUGAGAGAAAAAUACAUCAGAUCUCAUCAAUAAAAGGGUUUGAAGCAUCACAGUCGAGCUCCACAAAGUACGAGACUGAAAAUCUUAUGAAUUAAAUAAGUAAAAGUUAUCAUUUGAUUAUUAACACUUACAUCUCACGCUCCAAGAUACUACAUGUAAAUGCUGAAAAGGACAAAACGCUGAUCAUCGUGUGUCCUAGUGUGUCGUCAUCAUACCGGUUAGGAACACCUUCAUGUGGAAACUACGGCAUUUGACGUUUUUAACAGGGACGUUACAGUCCCAGUCGGUCUAAGGAUUACUGUGGUGCUAUAUGUCUCAGAUGCUGACAGGUCAGGGAACGCAGUUAUCACGGAAACUGUCCAUAUAACUCAGAUCUGGCAAAUGAGAGGCAGGAAUUAGGUCAUAAAGCAUGAAAUAUGCCAUAACUACCACUUGUUCUCAUACGGUGACUUGUUGUAGAUUGGAAUAACGAUGUGCUUCUUCCAUCAGAAUAAACGUGCAGGUAGUGGGGCUUCAA